CCUAUGUAGAUACCCUAAGUCUGUGAGUGACUGGUGAGUGACAGUGAAAGUGCUCUGUGAUUUAGAUUUUGAACGAUUUUUUUUUUUAACUAAGUUAAUGCUAUAAACUAUAAACAUGGUUACUUACGUAGAAAUAAAGGGUUUUGAAGAAUUUGCUAAAUAUACUGAAAAUAUUGAUCCGAAUGGUGCGCCAGUUUUUUUCUUUUUUAGUGGAUCCAAACUACCUGAUGGGAAUAGCUGGUGCCCGGAUUGUGUAGAAGCGGAACCCGUGGUUAAGGCAUAUUUAACUGAACUGAAGAAAGAAGUGAUAUUUGCAUAUGUAGACGUAGGAGACCGCGAGUAUUGGAAGGAUCGUGCCUGCCCAUUCCGUACCGAUAGUCGCACCAAGCUCAUGGUUAUACCUACACUUAUUAAAUGGAAAGGAGUUCAGAGGUUAGAAGGUAGUCAGUGCAACAAACGUGAACUUCUACAAAUGAUGUUUGAGGAGGAAGAUUGAAAAGGCAACAAGAAAAAAUAAUUAUCAACGUACCAUUUAAAACAGUAAUUGAAAUGUAUAUAUUUGUAAUACAA